AUGGGUAUAUUAGAAAAAAUCGGCGAAAUUGAGCGAGAAAUUGCUCGAACACAAAAAAACAAAGCAACGGAGUACCAUCUUGGAUUGCUAAAAGCUAAAUUGGCAAAGUACAGAUCUCAGCUUUUGGAGCCGACUUCUAAAAAAUCAGAGAAAGGUGAAGGGUUCGAUGUGCUGAAAUCUGGUGAUGCCAGAGUUGCUUUAAUCGGUUUUCCUUCUGUGGGUAAAUCAACAUUGCUAAACACCCUGACUCAUACACAGUCUGAAGCAGCUUCAUACGAGUUCACGACACUUACUUGCAUCCCGGGUGUUAUUGAGUACAAGGGUGCUAACAUACAACUGCUAGAUUUACCUGGUAUCAUUGAAGGAGCUGCUCAAGUAAGUUUAACUAUUUAUUUAUUUGUAAUAAAUUUAUUUAUUUAUUAUAAAAUUUAUUUAUUUAAUUAUGAUGAUUAAUUAUAUGAAAAUAAAGUUAGCCGACAUCUAAAAAUUUAUAUGAUUUUUUUUAUUAAAUAAUUAUUAUGAAAAAAUAAAAAAGAAUUUUUUUCAUUUGUUAAAAACUUCAAAAACUAUUAGUGCAAUUUUUUGAAAAUAUUUUUUAGUUAUAAAUUAAUAAAUUAAGAAAAAUAAAAAAAUUGAAAAUGCCGGCUAACUUUAUUAUUAUUUAAUUAUAAUCACUUUGUUUAAAAUAGGCAUUAUAAUUAUUAUUGACACUUUAUUCUUCAGGGAAAAGGUAGAGGACGGCAAGUAAUAGCUGUAGCAAGAACAGCAGAUCUGGUGCUGAUGAUGUUGGACGCAACGAAACAAGAUGUCCAGCGACAAUUACUGGAAAAAGAGUUGGAGUCUGUGGGCAUUCGGCUGAACAAAAGAAAGCCAAAUAUUUACUUUAAAAUAAAGAAGGGUGGCGGUUUAUCUUUCAACUCGACUUGUCCGUUGACUAAAUGCGACGAAAAGCUCGUUCAAAUGAUUCUUCACGAGUAUAAAAUAUUUAACGCUGAAGUAUUGUUCCGCGAGGAUUGCACUGCGGAUGAGUUAAUCGAUGUUAUCAAUGCUAACAGAGUUUAUCUUCCUUGCCUUUAUGUUUAUAAUAAGAUUGAUCAAAUUUCUAUUGAAGAAGUUGACAGAAUUGCUAGGCAGCCUAAUAGUGUCGUAGUGAGUUGUAAUAUGAAAUUAAAUUUGGACUAUUUACUGGAAAUUUUAUGGGAAUAUUUAUCACUGAUCAGAGUGUAUACUAAGAAACCAGGACAGCCUCCAGAUUUUGAUGAUUGUUUAAUUUUAAGAAGAGGAGUUUCUGUUGAACAUACUAUUUGUGCUACCACCUCAUGUAAUAAAAGUCGUGUUGACAGGGUAGUAAAAAGUGAUCGCGGAAUAUUGGGGUGUCUUAUAGCACAUAUAUAUAUAAAACAACCCUCAGCAGCGCCACCUGGCAAAGCCGGCCAGGGUCACCCCUCUCUUGUGAGUCUCUCUGGUGAAACACCACCCUUGUGUCGAAGUAUACCCGUGCUCCUGUAG